GCUAGGGCAGAAAGCUGUGGCGGCAGGUUCGCUCGACAGCCUUCUCGAGCGAAUCAAGUAGUCACAGCGCCUGGCGGUAUAAAAUCGAAGCCGUGAAAGUAUUCGAAAAGCCGUGGUGGAACGCUAAUAGUUCGUCAAGGCCACGCACACCGGUUGGAAACGCGUUACAGGCGCCCUACCGUUAAGGACAAUUCCGCACUGUUCCACCAACUUUGCGACAACCUCCCAUCCGGUACAACGGGCCGGCUCCCUAUCCCGGCCAAAACCUCCAAGGCCGCGAUCCCGAGCCUGCCACAAGCGUCGCCGCCCGCGGGGUCAGCCAUCUUGGCCGUCUGCUUCUCCCGGCGCGCUAAAUAUUGCGAGGGUCGGCGGCGUCGCUCCCGCAGCUAUCUUGGUCGGUCGCCUCAGGUGGUCCGGGCGAUCGGCCACCCACGGACCCACAUGUUCGGCAGCCGGCGCCGAUGGCGGACGCCGGAGCCCGAGCAGCCACGAGCGAGCCGCACGCUCCCGACGCACGGCCGCCGGGCGCCUUUCUGCUCGUCAGCCCCAUGCACAUCGUGUCGCUCUCGGAGCGCUCGUGGGGCGUACGCCUGGCGCAGCGCCUCCACGGGGUCUCGCAGAAAUGGUUCACGCACGUCCUGCUCUUCCUCUUUCUGGUCGCCUACGCCCUGUCGGGGGCCCUGGUGUUCCGGCUCCUGGAGGGACCCUACGAGCACCGGGCCAAGGACGGCCUGCGCGCCGUCCGCCGCCGAGUCGUGGAUGACCUGUACCGCGAGUGCGGGGACGAGGCCCGCUGGAAGAAGCUCGCGCAGCGCCGGCUUUUCGAGUACGAGGCCCAGAUGAGGCUGCUUUGCCAGGCCGGCAUCACGACGGACUCCGAGCGCGAGCUGUGGACCUUCUGGGGCGCCAUGUUCUAUUGCGGCACCGUGUUCACCACCAUCGGCUACGGCAACAUCGCUCCGAGCACGAACGCGGGUCGGGCGGCCACCAUAGCGUACGCCUUCUUCGGCAUUCCCCUGCUGCUCAUGGUGCUCGCUGACCUGGGCAAGCUGUUCACCCGCCUCAUCAAGCUCGCCUUCGUCGCUAUUCGGCGGGUGUACGACAACAAGAACGUGCGCAUGAUACGCAAGGCCAGCUACAAGGCCACCCGGACCCCCAGACAGCUGCUGGUAUCGUGGCGAGGACACCCGACCUCCCACGGUGUCCCGAGCAGCGAGACGAGGCCCAUCCAGGUCCCCAUAAACGAGGAGCAGCGAGCCCGAGUCCCGGUGUCCCUGGUCCUGCUCUUUCUGGCCGCCUACAUGACCCUGGGUGCCUUCGGCUUCUCGCUCUGGGAGGGCUGGAGCUUCUUCGAGGCCUUCUACUUCGUCUUCGUGUCCAUGAGCACCAUCGGCUUCGGCGACUACGUGCCCAAGCACCCCAUGUUCAUGAUGGUGACCUUCGUGUACCUGCUCUUCGGCCUGGCCCUCACCUCCAUGUGCAUCAACGUGAUCCAGGAGAAACUGUCCGCCACCUUCCAGAAGGCCAGAGACCACAUCGGCGUCUCUCUGGGACUCGGCGCCGAGGACAGGCUCAUCGGUGCCUACCUGACGCCGCCGCCUCGUGAGCCUCUUGAAGACAAGAAUGGCGGCGGCGGCGGGGUCUCUGCCGCUCUCGCGUUCCAAGCCAACCGACGCCCCUCGCUGACCGCCAGGCCAAGCUAGCGGGCAGCUUACUAUCCUAAAAGCCCAGUCCCUGCGAGCGAACAGCCAGAAACUUCGCUUCCGGCGAUAUAACGUAAGCCACCUGUUGGCGGCCCUUGGGAUUCUUCGGUGUAACCAAGAGGAAACACACAACCGUGUUCGUCAAUAAGUCAAGCCCAGUCGGGAACGGGUCGCCGAAGAUAUGUUUUGUUUUGUAAUGUUUGGUAGCAAAGGAUGUUGAAUAUUCACCUCGAAAAACACAAAGAGGACAUUGUGUAGGCUCAAGUUUUGCAGCGUGGAUUCGCAGUUUACAUACUAUUUACGCAAGAAUAAAUUGACUUGCAUCAAAAAUAUAGUGCAACUCACGUCCUUUCCCGACUGGUCUGCUGCUGAUAAAAUGCGCCCGAUUCGGGCAUCGGUACGAAGAUAUCUCCAACGAACUGAGCAAACCAGGAGUAAAGGGCGGUCCAAACCAAGCCGCA